UCUUGCUGCUGCCAGGUCCAGAGUGUGUCAUGGGUCCCUGUACGGCCUCCCAUUGCUGCUGUCUCCAUCGCCACACUCUGCCAUGUGCCACUUUCAGGUCUCCUCACACUGCUGGUGGGUUCCAUUUUGUCAUAGGGUGCUGGCAGAUUACGGGCCUCCCAUUGCUGCUGCCAGGCCCGUAAUCUGCCAUGGGCCCCCGUACCGACUCCUCAUGCUGCUGCCAGGUCCAGAGUGUGUCAUGGGUCCCUGUACGGCCUCCCAUUGCUGCUGUCUCCAUCGCCACACUCUGCCAUGUGCCACUUUCAGGUCUCCUCACACUGCUGGUGGGUUCCAUUUUUUC